AUGGAAAACCUGGAAGCAUUGGACAGUGCUGACAUAUUGCAAUCAUCAUCAUCAUCAUCAUCAUCAUCAUCAUCAUCAUCAUCAUCAUCAUCAUCAUCAUCAUCAUCAUCAUCAUCAUCAUCAUCAUCAUCAUCAUCAUCAUCAUCAUCAUCAUCAUCAUCAUCAUCAUCAUCAUCAUCAUCAUCAUCAUCAUCAUCAUCAUCGUCAUGCAAAACACCAUCGUCAUCCAAAUAUUAA